AUGUUCAAUACAUCAUUGUAUGCGUCGGAAGCUGAACUGUUUGAUUAUCUAUCUAUUCAAAUGGAUCGGUACUUCGCUUUAUUUAUAUUCUUCUUCGCGGUUAUUGGAAAUACGCUUAAUAUUCUUGUUUUGUCGCAGCCAACUCUUCGAUCAAAUCCCUGCGCAUGGCUUUUUCUCACAUCGUCAAUAGCCAAUUUGAUCACAGUCUUGUUCGCUCUUACAACGCGAAUCAUGGCAGGCUGGGGUACAGAUCCAACUGAUACUCAAGGAUGGAUAUGCAAACUACGUGCAUUCAUCUUAUUCUCUUCGCGAACAAUCGCAUUUUGGUUAAUCGCACUAGCAACUGUUGAUCGGUGCAUGGCAUCGAGUCCAAAUGCAGCUCAUCGACGAAUGAAUACCUUGAAAAAUAUACAAAAAAUUUUUCUUCUUGUCGUUAUCGUUUCCAUUCUACUCUAUAGUCAAAUAUUUUACUGCUACGAAGCAAAUCUGAUUCUCACACCAUUGAAAUGCUAUGGAAAAUCACCUGCGUGUCGAUUGUUUACUGAUGUGGCUUAUGGAUGUGUUAGUAUAUUACUUCCCUUGCUUUGCAUGAUCGUUUUCGGAAUGCGAACUAUCUAUCACAUUCACCAGGUUCAAUCUCGAGUACAACCAGUGCAUGUGACAAACGCUGACCAUCAUCAACCGACAACGGCUGGAUCACGUGAACACUCGCAUAAUCCAUGGAAAAAACACGAUCGUCAUCUUUUUCUCAUGUUGAUCGUACAAGUAAUUAUACAGAGUAUAUUGACCAUUCCUCAAGUUAUCGCGAAAUUUUACAUAUCAGCGACGAUGGGUGACGAGCAAACGCCAUUAAAGUUAUCGAUCGAUCACUUUCUUUACAAUUUCGCUUUACUUUUAUCUUUUCUUGCAAAUGGAAUGCCAUUUUAUAUCUAUACUCUAUGUGGUGGAAAUAUUUUUCGUCAGCCGUUGUUGAAUUUAACUAACAUGAUCAUUGCAGCACUAAGGCAACGCAGAUGA